GCACAUUUCAAGUGAGGGUAACUUGGGCUGUUGAACAAGAAGGAGCUCCAGAGUGAAGAAUAGGCAUGGGGAUACUCUAUUCAGAGCCCAUCUGUCAGGCAGCUUAUAACAACGAUUUCAACAAAGUUCAUCUCCUUUUGGAGAGCAACAGCAACUAUUUGAAUGUCCAGGACAGCUUCCUUGGAGACACCCCCUUGAUUUGUGCAUGUAAACAAGGAAACAACAGGAUAGUUAACUAUCUUCUUAGGAAACAUGCUGAUGUCAACCUCAGAAAUAAGAAGGGUUGCACUUGCCUCCACUAUGCUGUGAGGAAACGGUUCACCUUCCUUGACUACGUGCUGAUCAUAAUCCUCAUGCCAGUUAUGCUCAUUGGGUACCUCCUCAUGGUUUCAAAGACAAAACAGAAUGAACACCUGGUCAAGAUGUUGCUUAGAGCUGGAGUGGAUGUGAAUGCUACAGACUCUUCUGGCAGCACAGCCCUUCACUAUGCUUGUGAAAUGAAAAACCAGGCAGUCAUUCCUCUACUGCUAGAAGCUCAUGCAGACACUUCUGUAAAGAAUCAGAAUGGGGAGACUCCCCUAGAUAUAGCAAGAAGAUUACAGUUCCACAGCAUUGAAAGCAUGAUAAGAAAAGAUUCUUAG